AUGAGGAGCAGCUUCAGUCAGGGAGAGGCCAGCCAUGCAGACCCCAGCGACGUGGCUUAUUCUGGGACAGAGCAGGUCACAGGAGAGGGUCUCCGGACUGGCCUGGAGGUGGACCCACUGAGUGAGCAGCCUGUGGUGUUGGUGGAAGAAGAGCUAGACACAGAGGGGGUUGUGGAGAAGAACCAGGAGGGGGACAGGGGGGGCUGUGGGUCGAAUGAGCCAGAGGAGAGCCCCCCUAGGGCCCCUACACCAUCCUCCACCACCACCCCUACCUCUAUCCCUCUGGAGGUUGGGACAGAGAGGGAGCACCACGGAGAGGUGCAGAGCUCACCUACCCAGAGAGAGGGGGGGGCUGAAGAUGGGGCUGGGACUGUGGCCGAACCCCGGGCACUCAUUCUGUCCCCGGCUGACAGAGGAGAGUCCACCAUGCCUCCCCCCACAAAGCCAGGUCCUGGAAGGGAGGGGCACAACCAGGCUCCAGUGACACCUGGUGGCUCGGAGGAGAACAACCACUCCACCACCCCAGACCUGACCAGAGACAACGAUGAUGCUGCUGUCGUUGAUCCGUUUGGAGUGCUGCCUCUGGACGACAUGUCUGACUCUCAACUCAACACCAUCACUCUGACGUGAGAGAGG